CUACCCUUCUGUUGCUCCCGCUGCUACAGUGCUACUACCUAGUCCUGCUCUUGUAUUGAACGGAUCCUGUCUAAUGCCGUCGACAGCGCUCCCACUGAAAGUUACUCCCGCAUCAACGCCAGCAAGGGCUUCACCAGGUCCACAACCCUCUACAUCGGGAUCCAAGACUCCCACAAAGCAGGCCAUCACUACUAACCCUGGCGAAAUAUCCAGCCCCCAUGAGUUAACAGCUUUCGUCGAAACACUACUUGAACAACUAGAUACCCAAUUUGACGCCAUGUCGUCUCAGAUUCUUGAUCACAUGAUGCAAAUGUCGAAUCGAGUGGACGCACUGGAGGCUGCUAUACAAGACAUCAUCAGCGGGGAUGUAACCACACCAAGUGCAUCUAUGUCGUCGACGCCGCUUCUAGCCGCCGGCGCAGCCCUGCCGGGUAUUCGAAGGAGCGGAAGUGGCGUCCAAUGACGGGGAUUUGACACAGUUUCAGGUUUCAGCUUCGUUUUAUCAGUCACUGGUGGUCGGACAAUUGUAUUUCGGCCGACUUCGAAUAUUCUGCGACGUAGUAUGGUUUUAUUCUGACCUACUUGGAAACUCGUCCCUAUCGCCAAUCGCGCCAAUCUAUAUUGAAUCUCUCGAACGCCUGCAGUUCCAUGCACUAAUCCUUCAUCAGCUAGCAUCAGACUCUUCUUCCAUUCCUGAUGGCCGACUGAAUGCGAUCAUCUCGCUCAGAUGAAUUCUCUGUGU